GAGAGGAUGGGCUCCCCCGCUCCGGGCAGCAGCGGCUGCGGCGGCGGCAGCAGCGGCAACAGCAACAGCGGCAGCAGUAGCUCCUCUUUCCUCCGCCAAGGCCAGAUAUGCGUCUUCCUGGACACCUCCUCCCGGGCCGUCGGGAUAGGCUUCUCAGCCCUGUAGGGAUGUGAAGCACUGAUUAAAAAGGACUUCCUCAAAUACUCACUUUGCACUUUUGAUCAGGUACCAUGGACACCAAGGAAGAGAAGAAGGAACGGAGACAAGGCUAUUUUGCUCGGUUGAAAAAGAAAAAGCAAGCCAAACAAAAUGCUGAGACAGCAUCAGCCAAUUCUCGCAGCACCACAACUACUAAAACUCAGGCUGGAAAAGAAGAUGCUAAAGCAGUUAUUUCUGAACAAGAUAACUGCAGCAUUCCUGUGGAAGAGGCAGAAUAUUUAACUGAUGAAGAGAAAAAAAAGAGAAAAAAUAAUCAGUUAAAAGAAAUCAGACGUACAGAGCUAAAGAGGUAUUACAACAUAGAUGACAACCAGAACAAAACCAAUGAGAAGAAAGAGAAGAAGAUGGUGGUUCAAAAGCCCCGAGGCACUAUGGAAUAUACAGCUGGAAGCCAAGAUACACUUAAUACAAUAGCAUUGAAAUUUAACAUCACUCCAAACAAGCUUGUGGAAUUGAAUAAGCUUUUCACACACACUAUUGUUCCAGGCCAGGUCCUUUUUGUGCCAGAUACUGACUCUCCUUCCAGUGCUUUAAGGUUAACUUCAUCAAGUCCUGGUGCUACUAUUUCUCCUUCAUCAUCAGAUGCAGAAUAUGAUAAACUUCCUGAUGCUGACUUAGCAAGAAAAGCCUUAAAACCAAUUGAAAGAGUCCUGUCAUCCACCUCUGAAGAAGAUGAACCAGUAGUUGUAAAAUUUUUAAAAAUGAACUGUCGCUACUUCACAGAUGGCAAGGGUGUAGUUGGAGGUGUCAUGAUAGUCACACCUAACAACAUCAUGUUUGAUCCUCACAAGUCUGAUCCUCUGGUUAUUGAGAAUGGGUGUGAAGAAUAUGGGCUCAUCUGUCCCAUGGAAGAAGUUGUUUCCAUUGCACUAUACAACGAUAUCUCCCACAUGAAGAUUAAAGAUGCAUUGCCAUCUGACCUACCACAGGAUCUUUGUCCUCUGUACAGGCCUGGAGAGUGGGAAGACCUGGCUUCUGAGAAGGAUAUAAAUCCAUUCAGUAAAUUCAAGUCUCUCAAUAAAGAAAAAAGGCUACAGAAUGGAGAAACCACCACUCCCCUAAUUUCCAAGUCAAUAAAACCUUUGGAGAAGUCUACAGAUUACAAUCCUCUUAAGCCCUUUGGCAAUACCAUUCCAAGGGAAUCUGAGACCUUGGGAUCUUCCGUGGAGGAACCUAACAAGUUGGCUACAGUGACUGCUGACGUUAAGGAAACCUCCAAGGCAAAAACUGCAUCGGAUUCUAGAACCAAAGAAAGCUCCCUUUUAGGAGAAGAGGAUGACUUUGUUGACCUGGAAGAACUUUCCUUCCAAACUGAGGGUGGAGGUGACAAAAAGGAAACUCCAAAGGAAUGCCUUUCUGUUGACUCAGAAGAGUCUAGAAAGGUCAGAUCACAAGGAACUGGUUCCACUUUAGAAAUAUUGAACCAGCCAGCACUGGAUCUUUCAAGAACAGAGUAUGAUACUGAGCUGAAAGGUGCUCUGGAUUUAAAAAUGUGUGAGAAACAAGAUGUAGGCCCUGAAGGGAACAAGCAAGCCAUUUCUCCCCUAAAUGUGGAAUCAAUGUUGAAUAUUCAUGAAGAUCUAGAUAAAGUUAAACUUAUUGAAUAUUACCUUAAUAAAAACAAGGAAGAGUCACAGUUAUUUGAAAACUUAGAAAAUGCAGAAAUCAGUGAUGGCAAAAGCAAUCUUCCCUUAGGCAUAGAUAUUACUCUUAGUAGCUCAGUUCCUCAGGCAAAUGAACCAUUUGUUGAAGGCAGCAAGAAGCCAGGUAAAGGUUAUGAAAAAGAGCCAUUUUCAUCCAAAAUGGGUCCAUCUACAGAAGAAAGGAUAAUUAAAGAGUCCCUAGAUGCCUCAUUGGAAUCCUCUUUGGACAAGAGCUGCCAAGGUGCACAGGUGGAUAGUAAAUCAGAAAUCAGAUUGUGGCUGUUAAAGAGAAUUCAGGUACCCAUUGAAGAUAUGCUUCCAUCAAAAGAGGAGAAGAGCAAGACACCACCAAUGUUUCUGUGUAUCAAAGUGGGAAAACCCAUGCGAAAAUCCUUUGCUACUCAUAGCACGACUAUGGCACAACAGUUCGGCAAGAGAAGAAAGCAACCAGAGUACUGGUUUGCAGUUCCUCGAGAAAGGGUAGAUCAUUUGUAUACCUUCUUUGUUCAGUGCUCGCCAGAAGUUUAUGGAAAAGACGCCAAAGAGCAAGGGUUUGUCGUGGUAGAAAAGGAAGAGUUGAAUAUGGUUGAUAACUUUUUCAGUGAGCCAACAGCUAAGAGCUGGGAGAUAAUCACAGUUGAAGAGGCCAAACGGAGAAAGAGUACUUGCAGUUAUUAUGAAGAGGAUGAUGAUGAGUCCCUCCCUAUCUUAAAACAUCAUAGUGCUCUCCUAGAGAAUAUGCACAUAGAACAGCUUGCUCGGCGACUUCCAGCAAGGGUGCAAGGAUAUCCAUGGAGGUUGGCUUAUAGUACUAUAGAACAUGGCACGAGUCUGAAAACUUUGUACCGGAAAUCAGCAUCUCUCGACAGCCCUGUCCUUCUGGUCAUCAAAGAUAUGGAUAAUCAGAUUUUUGGGGCAUACGCAACUCAUCCGUUCAAGUUCAGUGACCAUUAUUACGGCACAGGAGAAACUUUCCUCUACACUUUCAGCCCGAAUUUCAAGGUAUUCAAGUGGAGUGGAGAAAACUCUUAUUUCAUCAAUGGGGAUAUAAGUUCUUUAGAACUUGGUGGUGGAGGUGGAAGAUUUGGUCUGUGGUUAGACGCUGACCUAUACCAUGGACGAAGCAACUCCUGCAGCACUUUCAAUAAUGAUAUCCUUUCGAAGAAGGAAGACUUCAUAGUUCAAGACAUAGAAGUAUGGACAUUUGAAUGAAAUUCAGACUGCCUUAAAAAUAAAAAUAAAAAUAAAAAUAAAGACUGAAUUCAAUCAGCCCUCUUACAACUGGCUGGAAAAUGAAAUCCCAGCACAGGCUGCCUAGUAACAUCCCAUAAUGUUUUCUUUUGGAAACCAUCCCAGAGCAUGAUUCCAUAAUGGGAAGGUUCUGACAACUACCUGGGAGAGGCAGAAAGUGAAGCUUGAGAAUGGAAGACUAGAUUAUUACUAGACUUUUUACUCCCAUCUCCCUCAAACUCCUACAAUAAAGAAUCAAGAGUGUUUAUAGAUGUAUGGGUUGAAGGCAGUUUUUAUUUUUGGUAACUGUGAACAAAGAUACUGUGGAAUUAUGUGUAUAGUAUAUGCCUUGUGUAUUUAUAUCAAUUUGCAUUGUCCAAACCUACAGCAUCGUAUUGUUUGCCAUGGAAAAAGGUUUAACUUGUUUGGAAGAAAUUCAAAAUUUGCAGCACUUAAAGGGAAUGUGGGAUUUUUUUUAAAGAGCAACUUUAUUUAUUGUUUUUAGUACGUUGUCUGAAAUUUGUUAGCAGUUUUUUCUUUUAAUGUUUUAAAUCUUGGAUUUAAAAGAAUGCCUAGAUUUGUGUGCUGUUUUGGCAACAAAUUCAUUUGUUUAUAUAGUUUUAUAUUGAUAUUUUUCAUUUUGCAGAGAAAAUGUAUUUGUUUUUAAUUUUGCCCUAAUUAUUCUAGGGUUUUUUUUGGCAGCAUCUGACAUAAUGUAUACAUUCCUAUUAGAUAGAGACAUUGACUGCCUAAUUUUGAAUUCUUUUUUAACUUCACUGUUGCCAACUUAACUAUCUGAGGCCAACUUGUCACUUCAGAAGUGGAAGCAAUAAAAGCCUUCUAGCAAGGGACCAAGACAUGUGCUCCUUCAUUUGGAGAUGAUAAGAGAAACUGACUUCUUUAUGAGGUGAGGCCAGCUUUAGAAAUUACUAGAUAAAAUAAAUGUUUUUGGCAGGGAAAAAUAUCAUUUAAAUAGAAGAAAAUUUGUUACCUCUUAAAAACCACAUGUUUUCAUAGCAAAAGCUCCAUUUUCCAGUCUAAUCUAUUCUCUGUCCCCACCCCAUCCCCAGCUUUUUCAUUAAGGGACAGACUUACUCCUCUUAAAAAAGAGAGAUGGUUGACUUAUGGUUUCCUCUAUUUUUUUCCUCUUUACAUGAAAAGUUUAAAAUUAGCCUAACGAUCUUUGUUUUGAGUCUUCUUUCAGUUGCCAGAGGCAGUGCCAGAAGAAACCUCAGCGAUUACACAAGAAACCAGAAUUUAAAAAAAAAAAGAAAAGAAAAAAGAAAGAGUACUCUCUUUGGCACUAGCCAAUUUUCACAUCUUGAAAAUACUUCAUUCAUUUUGCCAAGAUAAUAAAAAGCAAAGGCUAUAUUGUUGAUCGAUAGAUUCUGAUAGGUACUAAGGAUUGUACUGGUAAAAAAUAAUUUCAGAAUAACCCAAACUGAGAUUGGUUGGUCAUAAAUUGAAUCCACUUUUUUUUUAAAGGUUAUACUUGAAAAGUUUUGUAUAUAUCUAUAUGAUAUAAAAAUAUGAUUUGGAACAUUUGUCUUAAGCUGGCAGCAAGUCUCCUUUAGAUGUCCUGUCAUUUAUAGACACUUGAAAGGGAACCAUGCCAAGUAGCCUCCUGGCAGAUCAGCAAAUCAUUUGCUCCACACACAUUCCAUGCAAUUUAAAGUAGCUGCUAUGAAAUAUUAAAUCUGUAACCUGCGUGUGCUUUUUUUUUUAAAUAUACCCAGAUCCUAUCCCUUCCACUUGAAACACCAAAUUCUGGCAUAUCUACUAUAAACUUAGCUCAAUAGCUACUCCUAGCAUCUUGUAUGUUGGUGAGAGAUAUCAGGAAUGCCUCAUGAUAAUCACAUGUGGCAUUUUUACCAUUUGUAAACCACCCACUGGUAAGCAAAACAUUAACAUUUUGCACAUGUUUCACUCUUGUUAUCUACAGUUUAUCCCAUGAUACUGUAUUUGCCAGUGCAUAAUCAAACACUGUGUUCUCUAUUUAAAACAGUAUUGUUCGAUCAAAACUUUGUGACCCUUCAUCUAUGAAUAUUGAAUAUAUGUAAUGCAGUGCUAUCCCAAUAUUUUCAAUAAAGGAAUUUAUGCAUUCA